AUGGAGUCUGCGGCUGGGGCCUUAAACGCUCUGGUGCGUAAGAGGACCGACACAGAUCUGAUGCCGCCUCCACCGCCAGCAAAAAAGAUCAAGAGGCCCAAGAAAGUGCUGGAUGAGGAUACGUACACAGAAGCGCUCUCGCAGAUUAUCGCCAGGGAUUUCUUUCCCGGCCUUUUGGAGACGCAGAUUCAGCAGGAGUAUCUGGAUGCGAUGGAGUCGAAAGAUGCUGCCUGGAUAUCAAGCGCCAGCCGGAGACUUCGACACGUCAUGACCCCUGGUCGGAAACCUACCAGAGCCUCUUCAUCAAUCAACAUCACAAAUGGCAACAGCACUCCCACUAGCUAUGUCGGCGAUACACCAGCGUCUGUGGCAACAAGCGUCGUGCAGGCCAAACCGGGGCUGGACCUCAACCUGAGCUUGUCCACAUUUCAGGCCACCUACACUAGUGAAGACAAUGAAAGCUUCUAUAAACUAAUCGACAAGCAAAACCAGAAGAGGGCCGAUAAAUACGCCUGGCUCUGGCGUGGAAAUAAGCUUCCCUCGAAACAAAUGAUCAAACAGAAAGAGGUCACCGACAGGCUGGAACAGACACGGAGUCUUGUUGACGAUGGAUUCAAGAGAGAUCUAUUGGCCAUCAGGGAUGUCGAAGAGCGGCCUGCACGGCCAGACUCGUGGAAGGCAGCUCCACGGAAUGGUCUCAUGUUCGAGCCGGAGGGCCUCGAAGACGGGGUUAAGACGAUUGCCGAGAGCGCAGAGGAGCAGUCUCGCAUGGCGCCAAGGUCGAUUAGCUAUGAGAAUACGAGGAUGCCGCAGCCUCAUGUGCCACAGCGACCCCUAUCCCCAACCAUGUCCAUUGUGGGCGGUGGUGAAACCCCGCGAGUGAAUGGGUACGCCUUUGUGGAUGACGAAGACGGUGACGACGACGCAUCCAUCAAGAUGCCUGCGCCUAUCAACUUGGGGCCCGGCGAUGCGACAAACCCUUUCAAGAUCCAAGACCAGAGGGAACGAGAGCUCCUCCACGAGCGAAUGGUGGAGCGAAUCUCCAAGUCCAAGAGCGAGUCUCAGCGAAGAGGGUUCACGGGCAAGGCCAGUCAGAUGGAGACACCGAGAUUCACCAGUGGCCCGAGAGUAUCGGGAGGCUUAACACCGGCCGCUCAACGACUAUGGAACAAGAUGGCGACUCCGCUGAGAGGCAAAGCAGCUGAUUCUUUUGGGCAAGCAACUCCAAGGAAACCCAAAGGCUCGCUUUUGAGGAGCGUCAGCAGAGUGCCCCCCAAAUCAGAUUAA